AUGGGGGACGUUAGAUUAUACCAUCCAAAUGAAGGUGUGUUGUCCAUGGAGUGCCCCGAAAACCACUGCUAUAGAAGCAGCAGCGUGUGUGAGAUAGAAGAGGACGGAGACGACAACGAGACUCAGCACCAUGUAAGGCCUAUAGCCACUAGUCACAGAGAAAAACAAGAAGAAGAUGAAGAAGACUGUGUUUAUGUUGCAGUGGGUAAGAGCAACACAAGCCUGUAUGCUCUCUCAUGGACACUUAACAACUUGGUUACUCAAUCUACCAUCAUUUAUCUCAUUCAUGUAUUCCCUGAGAUCAAACACAUUCCAAAUCCAUUGGGAAUAGGAAUGGUUCCAAGGGAACAAGUGAGUGCUGAGCAGGUGGAGAGUUAUAUUGACCAAGAAAGAGGCAAGAGGAGAGAGCUCCUUCAGAAAUUCCUACAAUCAUGCUCUACGUCCAAGGUUAAGGUAGAAACCAUCCUGAUUGAGAGUGACUUAGUUGCAAAGGCUAUCCUCGACCUGAUUCCCAUUCUUCAAAUAAGAAGCCUAGUGAUUGGAGCCAACAAAUUCCAUCUAAGAAAAUCAAAAUCAAGGAAAGGGAAUAGUGUUGCUGAUCAGAUUCUGCAGAAUUCACCAGAAAGUUGCAAGGUGAGAAUAAUAUGUGGAGGGAAGGAAGUAAAUGAGCAGAUGAUGUCACCCCCUACUCGCACCUCUCUUAAUGAUACAUCCAUAACUAGCCAAAAGAAAGAAGAUCAUGAUGAUACGGUUUCAUGCAUUUGUUUCAUACCCAAGUUUAAAUGA